ACGGAACGGAUUUUUCACCACUGCCAGUACUGGCAGUUAUAUCGGAACACAGCCAUUUACGAGCAUUUAAGAGCGGUCGUAAUGUCGUAAGGAACCGGUGGGAGUGGAAAGAGAAGGUUCGUCCGGAGCAUCGCGCACUCUCGUCGUAAUGCCGUCCGAGCGAGCACCGACGUGGCGACGAAUAAUUGUAUGAUGUAUACACGCGCGAAUGCCGAAAGCCGAAACGUUACACGAGUCGCCACUGGCAGCUUCUUUGUUCUAACCUAACUUCGUCCGUACAUCUGUCUUCGAGAGAAUCUCAGGAAGUUACACGUGGUAACGUACGAGCGGCGCAAUGCGUACUUACGCGAUGUGGAAUUGGAAUACCGUUAAGUACGAUGCACCGUGCUGUCAAAUCGAUCUCUGUCAUACGUAACGAUCUGUGUUGUAUUUUCACACGAAAUAUGAUGUCCAACGGAAUUGAGAAGCCAGCUAAACAAAUCGAAAACGAUUCGAUGGGGAAUGAUGUAUACCCUUCAUCGUCGUCUUCGUCAUCGGCUCUGGAUUCUCCUCUAAUGAAGCUGUCCUCGUACUUCCUGGCGGUUCGACCGUGGUCGCUGAGCGUAUCACUGAUACCAACGCUUCUUGGAUCUGUGCUCGCGUAUCGACUGACAGGCCUGGCUGGCUUCAGUUGGAUAUCACUGAUCCUUACCGUGCUCAUAGUGCUUUGCGUGCAUGGCGCUGGUAACGUAGUGAACACCUAUUUCGACUACGUGAAGGGCGUCGACAGUAGGAUAAGCGACGACAGAAUACUGGUAGAUCACUUAUUAUCCAAAGAUGAAUUGGUCUCCCUGGGGGCAUUCCUCUACGCGGCAGGCUGUUUAGGAUUUGUCUUACUGACAGUCGUCUCUCCCGCGAAGAUGGAGCACCUGGCUCUCGUGUACUUCGGAGGUUUGUCCUCCUCCUUUCUCUACACGGGAGGCAUAGGAUUGAAAUACAUCGCGCUGGGCGAUGUACUUAUCUUAGUCAUAUUUGGUCCAAUCUCAGUUGUAUUUGCGUUUAUGGCGCAAACCGGUUACAUUGAGUUUGGAACAAUUUAUUAUGCGAUACCGCUCGCCUUAAAUACCGAAGCUAUAUUGCAUAGUAACAACACAAGAGAUAUGGAGAACGACAAGAGAGCUGGAAUUGUAACACUAGCUAUCUUAAUAGGUCAUACCUUGUCACACAUUUUGUAUGCUUUUUUACUGUUCGCACCGUACAUAAUUCUUAUAGUAGUGGCGUUAAAAUAUUCCAUCUACUGGUUUUUACUACCAGUGGUCUUUACUGUGGCGAUCCCCUUUCGAUUAGAAAGAGAAUUCCGCAAUCCGCAUAAAAUUCAAGAUGUGCCUAAACAGACAGCCAGAUUAAAUAUAAGUCUAGGUAUUUUAUAUGUUGUUGCUUGUUUGCUAGAGGGUUCGCUUCCUUAUCUGUAAAUUAUCUAUGAGGUUUUUGCAUCGUCCUGGAUUACUCUUUCUAUCCAGUGUCCCAAUGAUACUCUUUUCGGUAUCACUGUUUUCUCUCUAUACUUUUAUACUUGCAGUUAGAGGUACAACAUUUUAGAUAAGUGACGGAAAAGUUAAAAAGAAUGAUUUGUUUUUAUUUAUUACGUUCAUAACUCUACGGCAUCUCGAAACAUAAUUCAGAUUAUGUUACAUCAGACGGUUGUUUUUAUUACUUAAAAGGGUAAUCCAAGAUUGGCAUUCUUGAUGAAGUUAAAUUUUAUCAAUGUAUUUAUCGGCAGCUUGUUGUUAACUAAAAUUUGACUUUAUCAACACCUUUGAGCUGUCACAAAUUAUACGAUUUUAAAUGAAUGAUAUACUAUAAAUAGUAUAUCAUAUUAUAGUAUAUCAUUCAUUUAAAAUCGUAUAAUUUGUGACAGCUCAAAGGUUGAUAAAGUCAAAUUUUAGUUAACAACAAGCUGCCGAUAAAUACAUUGAUAAAAUUCGCUGAUAUAAAAAGAAAUAUGAUAUUUAUUUGUUAAAAAGUUAUUUGUUAUGUGUUCAUGUCACAUUCGUCUCAAGUACAAAUUAAUUCAUAUCGGUUUCGAAAUGUUUGUCCCAGAAUUAGAGCUCUGUGACUUUUAAUCCUGAAUAUUAUUUCAUACAGCACACUACAUUGUCACAUUUUGUAAUGAGAUAAAAUAUUCUCGCAUGAAUGUGAGAACUUAAAAAACGGAGGAUUAUAAUAUAAUCCGUAAUCUUUUUUUAUUUGCAUCUAAACCAACCUUUUAUAUAUAUAUAUAUAUAUAUAUUAACCUUAAAAUUAAACUUCUUGAAACAGA